AGGUGACCAGUACAUUGGGGUCUCCCCUCUGAGGUGACCCGUAUAUUGGGAUCCCCGGGUCUCUGGGGGUCUCCUCCCCCCACCCGGAGGUGAUGUCACGGUGACAGGCCGCAGCUUCCCGCCUCCUCCUUCUCUCCGGCGUCUCCUCCUUCAUCCCUCACACACAGGAGAGGACGAAGCCGACACCAUCACUACCGGGACCGGCGGAUAACAGGGAGGCCUCGCAGCGGAGCAUUCUUGGAUUAAUUCUCAGACAACUUACUAAGAUGACAGCGAUCUGAUCCUUUCAUUAUCCUUUCAUUUCAACUUUGGUUCUUUCUGAAUCUGCUGCCUUCACGCCUGAGCAGGAUCUUGGAUUAUUCACCUGUGUAGAAGAGAGAUCUCAGUCUUCCAAAAUGAAUCCGGUUUACAGCCCUGUCCAGCCCGGGGCUCCCUAUGGAAAUCCGAAAAACAUGACCUACGCAGGUUACCCCGCAGGAUACCCCACAGCUGCUCCCACCUAUAAUCCCAACAUGUAUGCCACCAGCAGCCCAGGCUAUGCCCCAGCUACCCUCCUGAUGAAACAAGCCUGGCCGCAGACUCCCUCCUCGUCCUGUACCACCGAGGGCACGUUCCACCUUCCUGUCGAUUCCGGGACGGAGAACAGGACUUAUCAAGCUUCUUCUGCCGCAUUCAGGUACACUGCCGGCACCCCAUAUAAAGUCCCACCUGCUCAGAGUAACAGUGCCCCACCACCGUACUCUCCAUCACCUAACCCCUACCAGACAGCGAUGUACCCCAUCAGAAGUGCCUACCCACAGCAGAACCUAUAUGCCCAGGGUGCAUACUACACUCAGCCCGUGUAUGCGGCGGCACAACCCCACGUCAUCCACCACACCACUGUGGUCCAACCAAACAGCAUUCCUUCUGCCAUCUACCCGGCCCCCAUAGCUGCACCGCGGAGCAGUGGAGUCACUAUGGGCAUGGUCGCUGGGACUACCAUGGCCAUGUCAGCAGGUACAUUGCUGACCACACCUCAGCAUACUGCCAUAGGAGCACACCCCGUCUCUGUGCCAACAUACAGAGCCCAAGGGACCCCAGCGUACAGCUACGUACCCCCCCACUGGUAAAGUGGCUGUCCUGUCCAUGUCUGGAGUAAAACAUUGUAUGCAAACUGCUCAAGUCUUACAUCGGUGCUGGAACAACCGGCCGACGGCACCAAGUUUGUCUACAAGAACAAAACAACGAAAAGUGCAACGGUCACUUUAAAUAUUCUUUAGUGUUUUUUGUAAAAAGCUGCUUUUUUCUGUAACCUCUUCGGUUUCCCAUUACCUCCCGUCACCGCUGAGCGCAGACACCGUCGCGUCCUUUCAUGGCCGCCAUGUAUCUGUUGCUUGUGCCGUCACAGGUUCCUCUGCUUUAACAAUCAUCAUAAGAUCGUUUUCACCCAUAUUAUUUUACAACUUUGCGACAUUACUUUAGUUUCAGUUGAUUUUUUUCUUUUUUUCCCAGAAUUUUUUUUAUUUUCUAUUUUAAUUUUUUUUUCCAAAGGUGUCUUCCAAAAGUGUAGAAUUGUCGAUAAACAGAAAUUUUUUUCCCCCCUUAUGUUGGUUGUCAUAGGAAAAAAUCUUUGUUUAAUUUUUUAUCUUUAAUUUUUUUUUUUUUCCUUUUUGUUACAUGGUUUUUAACUUGCAAAGAAUUUCAAGGCUGCUAUACUAGUUUUUCAUGUGGGAAAACUAUUGGUAUUAUAAUAAGUUGUAUAAUAGCCACCGGUUUCUGUAAAAGCACAAAACACCUUCGUGUCUGUUAUUUCAUUGUCUUUUUUUUUUUUUUUCUGUUUUAUUUUUUUGAAGGCUGUGUGUGUAUAUAUAUAUAUAUAUAUAUAUAUAUAUAUAUAUAUAUAUAUAUAUAAUGCACUGUAGGGAGACCUUUACACUACCACAUGUACUGGGCAACCAGACAAUCACAAAUACACCACCACUAUGUACCCGACAUCUGGCGAAUGCAGUCGGCGCCAGGGGGCCGCUCGCGGUCCGGUUUUACUCUAGUUAUGACAUGUUGUAUUUGUGAGACAGUGUUACAGUAGAAAGCCUGAGUGUUCUGUAGAUAGAACAAUACAACGUUUGCAUGUGUGUUUAGGCAUUGAAGAUUAGUCAUAAAUCGUUCGCGCUCGGCCAACCCACGGCAGCGCAUUUGGGGAAGCUGCGUUUUCUAUGAACGCACCCUCCUCCCCCUUUCUCCUCACGUCGGCUGACAUGACGGUCCGUCGCACGCUCAGUCACACAUUUCGAUAUUUGCCACCACUGCAGAUAUGCAAAUAUACAAAGCCUUAGUCUAUGCCGUAUUAUUAGCCGUUUCCUGACCUACACCCGCCGAUAUUUAUCUUUACUAUGCGUUAGUUAUAUGUGACUCCGCCCCAUCCCUCCCCCGCGCACAGUCACGUUGUUACCUCAGCUUUGCACUGGAUUUUAAGAGAAUGCCUAGAUAUCGAAAUAAACAGAUCCUCACAUCUAAAUAGAUUACAAAGUCAAUAAAUAGGAUUUUUUUUUAUCAUCAUUUUGGUUUUCUUUUCCCAGUGGAUAUUUCUAGAGAAACUAUUGGUCAAUAAAGGUAAAAUACAUUUCCAUAAAGUGUCUUACCCCAUGUUUCUGUUCAGUUUGUCCCUUUAACUCAUGUCCUGUAUAGUCUACAAAUUAAAAAAGGGAAGUAUGUUUUCUUUUGUGAAGCCCCUCCCCUGCUUAAUUAUUUUUUUUGCCUCCCCUACCCGUAA